GGACGCCAAGUACUAAAGACCUAAUUAAUCGGCAUAUGUAUUUUAGUUGUUAGCGUUCAAGAAACCUGAUUCAUAAGGAAACAUUUUGGUAUUUUCAUUGCAUCCAGAACAUAAGUACCGGAUCUUAACUUCCCCCAAAUAUGACCAUAUGUAGUAAUAAGGAGAUCACAGGUACGGGAUUUUGCGCUCGCUUACCUUUUCUUUGUCUAUUGUCAUCCGUCUGGGAAACUGUCUCACCGUGCAGAGGUGUAGGAAUUCUAAAAAAGGUCACGAUUUAUUUAUUCAUAAUUACACGUGCGUAGUGUUUGUUUACAGAAUGAAUGCUUUCGAAAUUUUUGAAUGACGCGCUAAAAUAGUAUAAAUAUUGGUUUCUCGCAACUUCACCAUAUCAAACUACUCUCACUUCUCUAGAGUUAUAUUGCUACUCAAACAAUUCAGCUUUGCCAGCAUUUCUUGAUAUUCUAAACAAUGAUUCGUACUUCUUCUGUUCUCCUGCUUUCCUGUUGGGUACUGUCUCUGUCUCUCGCUGUCCCUAUUUGGGAUAGAGCCAGUCUUGUAUGUGAAGACUUAAAUGGAAAGCAAGUAAUCAACGAAGACUCUAGUCGUGAGCUAUACGUUGAUGCUGCGUGUUCAUCCGGGGAAGUGGACUGGAGAAUGACCAAAACUCUGGUGACGCUGCGAUUCCAGAGACCCUCGCCCUUUUCCGUUUGCUUCAGCAGUAAAUCCCCUGUAGGUUACGAAAAAUUUGGAGUUUACAACGUAUCCUAUUAUCAUAUGUUUGUUGGCAGCCCAAAUAUCGCUUUGGACAAGAUUUGCUGUAUCAUCAAUUCAGCCAUUGAACAAGAUGUUACCAGAAGCCAAACACCAGAUUCACCAUCUGUAUCUGGUGGUUUACCAGAAUCCGGUGUCAACACUGUGCUCUCUGAUGAAACACAGCCCUCAGACAUUAAGAGAUGCAAAGUUUGUAAGACGACAGAUCGAGGGAAGGAUCCAGGAGGGCCUGCCUGUGAUUCAUGUUCUAUCUUCUUCAAGAAAUGUGUAGAGGAUGGCGUAAAGUUAACAAGACACACAGUUGGAGUGACUGUCUGCCUCUGUCAGCUCUGUCGGCUACUUCGCUGUUAUUUUGUUGGAAUGGAGCCUAAAGAUUCCUCUUUUGUGGUCUGCCUAAUUUGUGGGAAAGCUUUCCUGUCAUGGUAUUUUUUGAAGCAGCAUCUGGGAAAAUGUAAAAAGUCUACGUCUACUUAUUACUGCGCCAACUGUGAGCGGGAAUUCGUCACUGAAUGCCAGCACAGGCUGCACAAGAAAAGUGUGUUCUUCUGUAAAAAGAGAGAUGCUGAAUCCAUUCUGAAGUACAAGUGUGAUAUUUGCUGGAGGAGUUUUUCAUCCUUGGGAGUUCUGAUAAUGCAUCGCUACACACAUAUCAAGUUAGACAAAGAGAUCCUUGAAAUGGAAAAUUCAUUAGAAAUGCAUCCUUUCCAGAAUGAUCCAGAAAAUCCAAUUGUUAUUAAUGACAGCAACAGAUCUAAAGCCAGAGGAAACAAACAGGGAGAUACUUGGCAGGGAAAAAAAUUAAACAAGAAUCAAAUGACUCUACUCAGCCAGUUAGACUGCAGCCUUAUUGAUAUUAAUCAAUAUGAAUACCUGUGUCUUAAAAACUCUUCAGACCCUCAGUGUCGGAAACCGGAAAAUUGUGAUGAAAUGGAAGAUAAGGAAGAGAUAUUGAAACCUGAAAAUGUAAACUUGGAAAGUCGAAAUACAACACAGAUUGUAUUAUCUCAUGAGAAGAAUUUUGGGAAAGAUGAUACGUAUCUUGAAAAGAAAACAAGUGGAGAAGGGGAGAGCAGCCAAGUGUGUAAAAAAGAUGUCUGUAGUGAUGAAAAGGAUUUAGAGCCAUUAGAUUCAUGUAAUGGCAUUAGAACUUUGAAAGAAAAUCGACCGACUAUUUUAAAUGAUGUUGCACUGCAAGGAAGAGAUAACAGUGGACCUGACAGCAGUGUGACAGGAACAAAGACAUGCAGUGAGAUAAUGUCAAAAAGUGAAACAAUGAAAGACGACUUACUCAUUGAGGAUGAGGAGGAUGAGAAUGACUACAUUCUUGUUGAUUUUGACUCCAGCGAUGAAGAUGAGAAAGACGGUAAUGUGGAUGAUAAAAAUGACUCAUCAGAGAACCUGGAAACAUUGCCCAAAAUGGAUGCAUUCACAGUGAAAAAUGAGACAGUGUGCGACUCACUUACCAAAACUACAUCAACUACUGAACAAGAGGUUUCAUCUCCUGCUUUAAUUGAAGAAGAGUUUCUGAAUCCCACAUUGAACUAUUCAACAGGUGGUGAUGAUCAACUGAAUGAAACUCUACCUGACAAUAAAGACCGAGUGAAAGAGGUAAUACUGAGAAACCAAAGUAAUGGAGAAAUCAUAAACCAAAGUAAUGGAGAAAUCAAGAAGAAUCUGUCAGAAUCCAAAGUACCUGUGAAUAUAAAACAGGAAAGUGCAGACUGGAAUGAGUUUUCAGCAUCUCAAGAACAGAUUGAAAGGAAAUCACAGAGUUCUUCCCUUACUGCAGAUACUGCAUCAGAAACAAGCACAUCACAGUCUGGUAGUAUUCUCGAACUGAUUUCUGCUGUUUUACCAUCUUCCUCUGGAGAGAGUUCUCUUACGAGUCACCAGAGUCGCAUUCAAUCAUUAAUCAACCAGUUAGGAUUGAAAUCGAAAGUGGAAGUCACCUUAAGUGAAGAUGGAACUAAGAAAGUUGAACUCCAUUUUAUUGUAAAUGAUAAAAUGGAUCUGGAAUCGCAGUUGGCCCAAACAAAUGAUAGGUCAAUUUCAUCUACCUCAAAGGAUACCUCAAAUAAUGAAGUUUCGAGCACAGUGCCUGAUGAUGUUGACCAAUGUUUGGCAUCAAACAGACAUUCUUCUUCAGAACAAAGUCUUUUAUCUCAGGUAAAGCAAGCUCCUAUGAAAGAACCUCAAACCAAAGAAGAAGCACUUGGUUCUGAAGUCAGUAGCACGAAAGAGCUAAAAAAAGAGACCACAACAGAGUCAGCCAAGGUCUUGGAUAAAGAAUAUGAAAGUGGAAUGGAUAAAAUGAAUGCUGAACCACCUUUGCAAGAAAUUGAUGAAAGUAAAAUGUAUGGAGAAAGCAACAUGGGGGAAGUUGCCACUCCAGAUGUUAUUAUUUUGUCUUCAGAUGAAGAAGAGGAGUCACCUGUAGAUAGUACAGUAGCUACCACAAGUCCUGUGAGUGAAAGACCACAGAAGCAGUUAGAAAUGCAACCAAAGAAGGAGGGUGUUAGCAUUUUGGAUAAUAGUUCAGCAGAAAAAGAAACAGAUGUCACAUCAAAAGAAAAUUUACCUGAAUCUGAAAAAUGCGUAGAAGAAUCAAAUUCAGUGGACAAAUUUUCGUUAAUCAGAAAAUACUUGAAUUCUAAAUCCGUAGAUUUAAAUGAACAGCCAUCAGUGUUUUCCAGCCAGGAUUCUUCAAAUGGAAAGAGAAGACUGAGUUUAAAGGCAGCCAUACCUACAGGUUCUGGUCAGGAAUCGAGUAGUACGGCUAGCUCAAGUCAGGAAAGCAAUUCGAAAAUGGGGAUUGAAUGUUACAAAUGCUAUCUAUGUCAUAACAUUUAUCUUGAUCUUCAAGAAUUGAAGCUCCAUUUAUAUCAGAGUCACUCAUAUUACCAAUACAAUGAGAAUGAAUUGAACAGUUUUCACUGCUGCCAUUGUGGGGAUGAAUUUGAUUCCGUAGUCAAACUGUCAAUUCAUGAGAUGUCAGUGCAUGGUUUAAAGUAUUCUUGUCCUUUCUGUGGAGUUUUCCAAAGAAGUCACGAACAAUUUUUAAAACACUUUACUUGUCAUUUUUCACUCAUUGUAUAUUACUGUGAUUCAUGCAACAGGGAGUUUUCUAAACAUGUCAGGCACGGUUGCCCGACUUCUUUAAAGAGAGCUUGGAAGUGCUUUUUGUGUGACAGAAUCUUUUUUGACAAAGAACACUACUGCAAUCAUACUGUACUUCAACACAGCCAACUGUUCAAAUUCACUUGUAAGGCCUGUUUGCAAAACUUUGGAACACCCCUGGCAUUGAAAGUUCAUAGAAGUUCAUUGGACAACACCCUAGAUGGUGUACAGGUCAACAUUGCAGACACUAUAACAUUGAAUGCGAAUUCUAUGGAAGUCACAGUGUUAAAAGAGACACCACUGACUGCAAUGCAUCGCCCAUAUAUAUCCACUCCGUUAACAUCAAAUAAACAAAAGACCACUCAAGAAGCUGGAUAUACUGUGAAAAGCUAUGGAAAUUAUGCAAGUCUAGAUUUAUCCCAACUACCAAAAACUCUUGUUAGUAUUGGAAAGAAAGGCAAGUUAGCUAGCAAUAUUGGAAAGAAAGGCGAAUUAGCUAGCAAUAUAGAAAAGAAAGGUGAGUUAGCCAGUAAUAUUGAAAGGAAAGAUGAGUUAGCUAGUAAUAUUGAGAAGAAAGAUGAGUUAGCUAGUAAUAUUGGAAAGGAAGGCGAGUUAGUUAAAACCUGUACUGCAGAAAAUGUUGACGGUCUUGGCUUGCCAAAGAUUACGCGCCCAAAGAAAUCAAUACCAUAUAAAGGCAGAAGUGCAGCAUCUUCAUCUGAUUCCCCAUUGCUUGUAAAGAAGACCUCUUUUUGUAGAAUUCGAAAUACACCACUGAUUAUGAAAAAUGUAUAUAAGAGCACUUUUACUGGAGAUGUUGAAAUUGUGGAUAGAGGAGAUGGUGAUUUAGAAACAGAGACACAGAACAAGUUGGACAGAGAUAGAGCACAGCAGAUCUGUACAACUAUUAAUGGUCAGAAAGUUACUAUUACUGAAUCAAAGUACGAAGGAGAGGGAAAUGCCUUUAUUCAUGUUUCAAAUCUUCCAAAUUUGCAUAUGUUGCAGUCCAACAGAAUGUCUGAAAAAGAUUGUCAUGCAUCUUUAAAAAGAAAAAGUGAAGAUUCUGGUAGUUCAGCAUCAGCCAUUCCUUACAAACAAGCCAGACAAGGUUUAACAAUACAGGGAGAACAGAUCUCAGCUGUGGGAAUGGAUGAUCCACAGAAAUCCAAGAGCACUCAUGGCAGAAAUUCUACAGAUGCACCAGAUAAUACAUGUAAUACUAUUUCUUUGCCUAGACUCUUUAAUUCUGAGAUUGAAAGGGCCUAUCAUGUUCCGAACAAUGGAUUUACACCUGAGGCAAAGACACUGAAUCAACCAAUGGUUCCUAUUAAUCUGAGCAGUGGAAAAACAGGAGAGGGGGGAAGCUUAGCUGCCAUUAUACCUCAAGCUCUGUUGACUGCCACUACCAGCAUUGAAAUACCCAAACCAGUGGGCAGUAUCGUGACCACUGCUGCUGCCUCUGUGCCCUCCACUUUAACAAUGAUGAGCUCUACCACUACCCCCAGCAUCCCCCAGGGUAGCAUUGUACAGAUAAGUCCGGGGACACCCACCAAUGUCAGCUCUAUUCUUAGGGGUGCCUCCACUCAGAACCCUGGGUUCGCCUCUCACCUCCCAAAAGGAGCAAUGGCAGCAGCCUCAGCAUUAGCUGGGCCCAAGUCCCUGACAGCCCUGCCCAUGGUCAGACACCCCAAUGUCAGCUUGCAAAGUCCCGGGACCAAAGUACAGACUGCCUCCCUGAUCAGGUCGACCACACCCCCUACAUCUAAGUCUCCCACCCCGGGCGUUACAAUAUCUGUGACACAGGCCAGUGAAGGAGCAAGGACAAAUGUCACAGUUCAGAAUACAUCCACAACCCCUCAGGGCAGUAUCCAAAUCACCUUACAGGCCCCUCGCCCAAGCGGAGAAGGGUCCUCCAAACAGGCCACUACCCCAAGGACAAUUGAUGUCCAAAAACCCCUCCUCCAGGCAUUAAGGACGACCACCGUAGAUUCUGUCCCUAAAACAAUUAUCACCACUCAAGCCAGGCCUCUAGCAGAGGCAUCGGUCAAAUCUGUUAUAGCAGGCACCCUGCAGAGGUCACUAGAGACUAAACAAGCAGGAAGACAGCCUACAGAACCGGUCAUUCGACCUCCAAAGACAAUACAUGUGCCACAGACUUCAGCAUUUUCUGGGACUAAAGUGAUAGUGACUCAGGCUUCUAAUUCCUCUGUGAAUCCUCACAAUCUGGUGACAAAUCCAAUGAAGACCAACAAAGGUAUCACCAUCCCCUCCCCCUCUACCACUUCAUUGUCUGCAGCACUAUCAUCCGUUACCACGACAACCACAGCCAUUCCUAUAGCAAAAGUACCCCCUGUGAGACAGCCCCCAUUAUCCUUGGCCCCCCACACGGUCAGCUCCUCCCUAUCUGUCACCCCCAGCACCCUUGAGAGGCCGAGACUGGAGCCCUCUAACCCAGGGACAGCUCCCCCCGCCCACACAUCAACAACUAGCAUCUUCAUGCCUCACCGAACUCAGCCAAGUACCUCUCUAACAGCACCCUCAACACUUACUCACACUGAAAGGCCAGCCCUUUCCAAUCCAAUUUAUCCGUACUUGCUUCCGGCGGAUUACUUGAUGCACUACCAAAUGCAGGCACUGGCGAACGUGCAUACCCUCCCAACUAUAUCCACAGCAUCUACCAUACGACCAGGGCUAUUGCAAAAUCAAACUCCAAAUUUAACAGCCUCCUUGCAAGCAGCACACACGUAUUCUGGGACCCCCGGGGCAGCGGUCAGAUUUAAUCAGACACAGCCAGUUGUGGUUGCGAUGGAGUCGAUCAGGGCCCAGCAAGCACUGUCCGGGAACCUCCCGUUCACAGCGUCCGCAACUGUCCCAGAAUCCUCUGCACGCCCCACCACCCCCACGGACAGUCUGAGCACGCUGUCCUCGGCCUCUGCCGCAGCCGCUUCUAUCCCUAUCCCUGCCCUGACAGUGAUGGGGCAGUGUAAUCCCUCGGCCAAUUAUCCAUCCACACCCAUGACCCCUCAGAAUUCUCAAUCCACAAGCAAUACCCCUGUGAGCACCCCCAAUGCCUCUCCACGGCCAAGUAUCCUGAGAAAGAGAACCAAUGAAGGACCUGUAAAGAAACCAGUUUGUGGUUUGAACACCAUGGACAGACACAGUCCUCGUCCAGAUUCUAGGACAGACUCUGCCCCUCAGUCCAACACCAGCUCUCCUAAAACUCCAGCUACUCCCGCAGGGGAGAGUCAGUCUUCUACAGAUACAGCUUUAUCCAGUGAAGCCACAACACCCACUCAAAAUAACAUGGCCGAACUCAAAAUAAAACAGGAACCCAUGGAGGGCUUAGAAAAUGGUCUAUCAGCAGCCAUCAGUAGCAGCAUUGCCUCUCUGUCCAAUUCUCUCCCCAACAGCACAGAUGCUUCACCCAGGAAGAAACCACGCAAACAAUUACUAAAUGCCAACGAGGAGCUGAAGGAUGCUGUGUCCUCUGAUGAGGAGGAGAAACUGGCUGUGGACUCGGUUAAAGAGGAGGAGGAGGACACACAGUCCGAAUACAGAGAAGAAUAUGUGGAUGACGAGGGAAUACGGUGGACGAUAGAAAAAUGUCGACCGAACGUAUCCCUGAUGAACUUCUAUAGUAUAUCCUGGAAACCUAGAAAUAAUCAUUUUAACAGACACACAGACAUUAAACCGAAAGAGGAAAGGCGACCUACAGUAAAUGAAUUAGCCAACCAGAAAGGAGCCGUCCAGAAGGCUAGCGGCUGGAAACUGUAUCAUAUGGCAGCUCAGAUGGAGGAUCUUAAUGAUCUGGAGAAAACUUUACUGAGCAAAUUCUCAACGAUUCAGUCUGCUUUAUCGCCCCGCCCACAAAACAAACUCAGUGUAGUGUCAAUGGAGGAUGAGUUGAGCAUGAUGCAUGAGUUGACUCAGGCUCUCAUUUUCCACCAGGCUGUUCACGUCACUGCUUUGGAAAUCACCAUUCGGCUCUUCAAACUUUUCAGAGGAAUCAGUGAAGAAUCGUCAGCGAAUGAUGCGGAUAACAUGGCUUUAUCCUCGGCGUUAUCUAAACUAAAGAGGUUUUCUCCACCCUCAUGGGCUCAGGGUCUCAGAAACAUCCCCAAGUUUAUCAUUCCUCUAAGUAUGAAAAACAAUCAAAUAAAUCUAUGGAACCUCCCUGGUGUUCCCGAUUCCUUUAAGGUGUUCAUGAGAAGAGAAGACACAGAUGGAGCAGUAAUCUCAGGAAACAAGAUAAGAAAACUGGAGUUCUUGCUGGCUGAUGCUUUACAUAAAGAGUGUAAACAUGUGAUAACAUGUGGUGGAAUCCAGUCCAAUCACUGCAGGAUUACAGCCCUUGCUGCCAGGGAGCUUGGUCUGACUCCACAACUAGUACUUAGAGGGGAUGUACAGAAUGUGGAUGAGGUUGGCUGUGAAGGCAAUGUUUUACUGAACAGACUGUGUGGUGCUCACAUGUACAUGGUACCUAGACUCUCUCCCUACCUCACAGAACUGAAACCAAGGAUGGAAAAACUGGCCAACACUAUUAGAGAGACCACAGGAGAGGAGAGUUAUUUAAUUCCUGUGGGUGGAUCUAAUACUAUUGGGGUUUUUGGUUUCCUGACAGUUUUUGAUGAUAUACAGUCUUCUAUAUCAGAUAUCACAGAUAUCGUAGUAACCUGUGGAAGUGGAGGAACUGCUGCUGGACUUUGUAUAGCCAAUCAUCUCACAGGGUCAAAGGUCAAAGUCCAUGCUGUGAUUGUAUGUGAUGAUGCUAAAUACUUCCAUAAUCAUGUCAACGAGACUCUGACUGAACUGGGAUUGACCGAUGUCAGAUCAGAGGAAAUUCUAGACAUCAUAGAAGGUUACAAAGGCCGAGGUUAUGGGCUCUCUACGCAGGAUGAACUUGAAUUCAUAAUGAAUAUUGGAGCCACGACAGGGGUGGUUCUAGAUCCUACAUACACUGGGAAAGCAGUGAGAGGGCUGGUGUUUGAGCUAAAUAACAAUCCAAGCAGGUUCAAGGGAAAUAAGAUCCUGUUCAUCCACACAGGAGGAACAUACGGGUUAUUUGAUGGACGGAUUAAUGAUCUCCUGAAACAACGAAAAACAGCCAACAGCAGUGUGGUACAAAUGUGGAGAGACAAAAAAGAUUCUAUAAAUCCAGUGUAAAUAACUUACUGUAGAUUUUAGGCAUUUAAACAAAUAUGACUUUAGCAUAUAAUUUACUAUAUAAAUAUGAAUUUAAUUGUAUAGUUAGUUUCAAUGACGCACUUAAGACCAAUGUAUCAUAUUUAUGCAGUAAAUCUUAUACAUAAAUCGAUUUUAUAAGUUAUGUACAGAUACUGUACACGACAAUAUUUUUGACAAUAUUUUCUUUGUUUGUUGGGAACAUUUAAAUAAAUGUGAUGUUCGUUUAAUAAAGGAAAAAUAUUGAACACUGUGUAGAA